CGUGAAGGCACCGUCAGGGUCACGUGUCUGCUCAGCAUUGAGAUGAUGAAGCUUCCUGAACUUCUCACGUGUUGUUAACAACGAGAUCAAUAUUCCCAGCGUCAAACUUCAGCAGCUGAUGAUUUAUAAGUAAUGAUCGGUUUACGUCAGAUUUCACGGACGCGGCUCGUCGGGACCGGAAGUGUCCUCCUGGGCCGCGUGCAGCGUGUCCCCGGAGCUUGUCAGGUAUCUGCUCCCCAAACCAACAACUGGCUGCUCCUCGUGAGCGUGUUACUGUGUGUGUCCGCUGCAGGACGCGUGGACAACAUCUGUCCCUCCACCUGCGGUGCUGCCUGCGGGACACCUGCGGGACACCUGCAGUCAGCACCGAGAGGUUUGGUUCAUCGUGGCCCACUGCAGAGACCACUGUGCUCCAAGAGUGAGGAGGUGCGCUUGGCGGAGGAGGCCAGCAGGAGGUACGGCUCCCCAGCUCCAACCAUCUUCUCCAAAGUGAUUGACAGAAGCAUCCCUGCAGAUAUUAUAUACGAGGAUGAGAAGUGUUUGGCAUUCAGGGACAUCACGCCACAGGCCCCGGUUCAUUUCCUGGUCAUUCCCAGGGUCCCUAUUCCCAGAAUAAGUGAAGCCAAAGAUGAUGAUGCUGAGCUUUUAGGACAUUUGUUGGUUGUUGCCAAAAAUGUCGCAAAGCAAGAAUCCCUGAAGGAAGGAUACAGAGUGGUGAUCAACGACGGAAAGCACGGUGCUCAGUCAGUUUACCACCUUCACAUCCACGUCCUGGGAGGGAGACAGAUGACCUGGCCUCCAGGAUAAUGGCAUCAUGUGAACACUAAUGUAUCAGUCAGCUCAGACACUUUUACAUGUUUAAUCUCAUGAGCGCAACUUAAUAUAUAUGCGAUUGGUGUCGUUAUUCCAAAACAUUUAAUCUUUAUUCCAUUUCCCGAACAAUAAACUUGCCUCACAAAAUACGAGAUGUAAAUAAUAAAGACAUUAUGUUUGAUACAACUGCAAAUAAAGAUUAUAUGUCUAAA